AUGGACGAAUUCUACACAACCAACUGGCCAAAUAGUAUCACUAUCGACAGUACCUGGGCGUGUGAUCUCCGCCAAAAUAAAACAAAAGAUGCUAUUCGGUUCAACAUUUCGUUUGAUGGCAGCAGACUCAAAUACGAGAGGCGAAGAGCACUACCCGAGAAAUCGACGCGCUUCCUUUACGAGACUCUCGUGAACCAGUGGCUGGAGGAGACUGAACGAUCUUAUCCGACCAAUCAAUCUUACGAACUUUACAGCUCCUUUGUGUUCAAGAAUGACGAUAAAGAGAAUAUUGGAAAAGUUACUAGCGCCAUUAGCGAGCUGAUGAAGGAAUUCCGACAACAGUUUGCUGGAGAGGAAGUGAAUUUUCUCGUCACCUGGAUUCAUUCCGGUGGCAAGGCAACAGAAAGGAAGCCAACCGAUUCUGCCUUUUUCUGGCGCGAAGCUGUGUUCCACACAUAUGUCACGGUUGAAUGGAUGGACAAAUGGAUGGAAAAAGACAUGAGAUUUUUCCUUGCAAAGGUUAAGACAGCUCUGCGGCCGCUCUCUCUUAAAGGAGAGGCUGCUUUUGUCAAUUUUCCCGACCGCGACUUUUCAACAAAGUCUUUCGAGAGGGCUUAUUUCGGCGACAAUUGGGAAGAGCUGCGGUUGGUUAAAGCAAUGUGGGAUAAGAAUAAGCUGUUCCGAUUUGCUCAGGGUGUUCGCCUGCCAGGUGACCCGGGAGAAGACCCGGAUGAAGAGAAAGACAAGACUGACAGACUUGCAAAUGAACAAUGA